CCCGAUUCUUCACGCUGCACCAGACUAAAAAAAAAGAUUUGUUUUACCACUUACAUCUUCUUUCUUCGUAUUUAUAAUUUUCCCCUUUUCUUUUAAACUGAUAUUUUUGUGUGAAUCCUGUCUUUGAUAUCACCUUCAUCGGCAAUAUGUCGACUGAACCAAAUUUAAAGUUGGACGAUCUUGCAGCAGCAUUUUCUGGGACGGUCGGAGUCUCUUUCUCCGCGGAAAGUUCGGCGACGGUGCAUCCCAGGAUGUGUAUGUUCAAGACGCGGGAGAGUAAGCAAAGUCAGUGGGAGAGACGGAAAGAGAAACUGCGGCUUCAGAGAGAGAAACGUAGAGACUACGCUGAUGUAGCCAGGAAGCUUGCUGAAGAAGAUUAUGCAAACAUUACAUUCAGUGAUGACGAGGAAGAGGAAACCAUGGAUCACACCUCACCAACUUCGGGGAAAAAUAAGAGUAACAAGGGAAAGAGAAAAGGAAAGAAGGAGCGAUAUUACAGCAAUCAGUUGAUGUUAUCUGAAUGGUUAGAUGAUGUUCCAUCAGACUUGGCAGAGAAUUGGUUGAUGGUUCCAUGUCCUAAGGGAAGAAGAACAUUCAUCAUAACAAGCAAGGGCAGGACCUGCCACUACACAAAGAGUGGUCAUUGUAUGAACAUGUUCCAGAGUUCUCUACCAGGUGGAUCAAGUGGACAGAGUAAGAGUAGAUCAAAUUACACUAUCCUUGACUGUAUCUACAGUGAGAUCCACAGAACCUAUUGGGUGUUAGAUUGUAUGUGCUGGCAUGGCCAUCCUGUGUACGACAGUGAGACUGAGUUCAGGUUCUACUGGCUUCAUUCUAAGCUAGCAGAGGAACCGCAUCUGGCUACUGGAUUCAAGAAACAUCCCAUGAAAUUUUUUGGCCUUCCCUCCUUCAAGUGUGAUAGACAGACAUUACAAGAUGCUAUGGCCCAGCCUAUGCCAUUCAAGGAUGAGUUGGAUGGGCUACUCUUCUACCACAAGGCGCUUCACUACACCCCCGGUGUUACCCCACUGGUCGGUUGGCUAAAACCCUGGAUGCUACCGGAGAUCCUGGGCGUGCCCAUACCAGACGCCCUGAUGGCUAAGAGACCGCCUGGGGCGCAACUGAGACCCCCUUCAACCACUCCGUCACCUGCUAAACCUGAACAGACAGUGGAGAGUCCAAAGGAUGGGAAAGGAGAUGCAAAGAUAGAGGCAAUGGAUGAGUCUCCAGCAAAGAGCUGAGGUAUGCGAGAUGUUGUUCCUCGAUGCCAGAGAAGUAGCAGGAUACUCUCUGGACAUUAAUUUGCCAUGUUGAUGGCUGUCGUUAAAGAAGACCCUGUCUUUUAUUUUCUGAUUCACUUGUAUCCAGGUAGACAUCAAGGGUGACACUGAGGCACCCUCUUUCAGGCAAUUCUGCAAUAUUUAGUGGUGCCAACUAUUGUGAUAUUUACCAAGAAUGAUACAGGUGUCGGAUAUAGGAAACACUCCCCCUCCCCCCUAUCAUAUUUCAACACAUGUAUCUACUGCUGGAAAGGGAAAAUGACUGACUCCCAACAUUAUUUUUGCCACCAGGGAAAUAGUUUCUGUAAGGAGCUGUUUUCCUGCUUCUGUUUUUUCUGAAUUUCAAUUUUUAUUGAAUGCAAUGGUAGUUUGCACUGACUAUUUUUUACAACAUUUUUAGGGCUAAAUUAAACCCUCACAAUAUUGAAAUAGUACAUAAAAGUUUGGCAUCCCUGAAAAUUGGACGAAAUAGGCAAGAUGUAGGAAGAUUAGAAAUAAGGUAUUGAAGACAGGGCCCGUUUCCAUAAAACUUUGUUCUGAUUGGCUGAUAGUACAUUUGUUAUUAUAACAAGUCUUUGAUGAAACAGGACCUGGGACUUGGAUUCAGUUCAUGAAGCACAGAAUACACGGUGCCAAAAGGAAACCUUCUUGAUGAUAGGUGACUUGUUUUGUUUUUAUUUUUAAUGGCAUUUUGUCUUUUAAUCGAUAUUAUUAUACUGCCGAGAGAACAAGCAUUCUUUGGGGGUAUUUUUUAGUAUUUCUGCAGCUGAAGAUUUGAAAUAGUUCCACUUCAGUUGCUUUCGCAAAAUCCAAGAUAGUUCUUGUGAAAGAGUACAAGUGCUUUGUGAUUUUUCAAGAGUAUCAUUUAAAGACUAUUUACACCCCUCCCCUUAUUUUUGUCAAUCUUUCAUCUGAAACGUCUGUUGAUUCAGAGGAAAGAUCGAUACGAAAAAAAAUUUCCUUACAGUUUCAACUAUUUUUGCUUCAUGUGAAUCAUAAUUCAUUUGCCAUACUGGAAAUCGUUAAAGCUGCAUACAAUAUGUGUUUUCAAAAUUUUAGUCUUUACAGAGACGACUCAAAUAAAAAAAUCCAUCCAGAAUUAACCUUAUUUCAAAACUCACAGGUGCAAUAAGCCUGUUCACGGUUGCAAACUGCACAUGAGCAGUAAUAGGUUGGGAUAAACCAGAAAGGUGGUUUUCAAAUUCACUGACCUAGGCAUUUUUGUUGUGAUGGUUAUUCAUGUAUUCCUUUUAAAAUAUUCUUUUCAUCACAUCAAAACUGAAGAUUAACAAAGUCUCCAUAAUCCCUCAUUUGACACUAGCCCAAACAAUAUAGUCAAAUGUGCCUAAAGCAGACAAUAAAACAAACAGAUUUCCAAGCUUUUCUCCUGAUGUAUUAUUCUAGUCACCUGGGGUGGUAUUGUGGAACACUGACAUAAAUUUUGUCAUUUCUCUCAGAGAUGUGACACCGCUAUGAUUGUCACAAAUCGAUAUUCUGAACAUUGUCGUUUAGCCAGUCAUAUCUCUCUAAGAUCCCGCCCAUCUUUUCGGGGUCAAACCUUAAAAAUCACUUGUAAGUCUCAGUGGGAACCAUUCUAACCAAUGGGAAUGCAUGAUGGCAUGUGGGGCGUAUCCUCAAUACAGUAGCUGGCAUCCCGCAACUGUGUGUACACUGAUGGGCUUAAUUACAAAGAGAGACAAGGAGCUGUGAAUGAGUUUUAGAAGAGAGAUAGAAAAAAGGGAAAACAGUGGAAGAAGAGCGGAAUUAAUAUGUAGGGUCUAACUAAUUUUAGCAUGAAAAAAGUCAUGAAUGAGGAGUGAAACUAGUACCACAAUCUAAAUAAUAUCAUUGUAUUCUUGACAUAUAGUCGGCAGGGUGUUGCGAUAUAAGGUGCUAAAAGAUAUGACAACAUUUAUGACUGCUAGACCCUGUCAUAAGUUUUGUCAUAUCGUGCUUGUAUAUUGGGAUUAAGUGCAUUUAAAGCUGCAUAUUUUUGGUGCGUGCUAAGGAGAAGAGACAAAAUUUAAGACAAUUUUUGUGACAAAAUUUAUGACAUCUAACAGAAUACAGAUUUCGUCAUACAUGUAUCUCUGAAAAAAAGAUAAAAAAGUUUUUUAAAGUUGAUCGUGAACUGGCUUUUCGUGAAGUCACCAUGGUAUCUUGAUCAGUUGCUGAUUGUAAACAGGAAAUUUUGUGUACUUCUUGCAGUGAUUACAUUCAUUAACCCUAUCUAGGCCGGGGGGGGGCCUCAGAGGCCCCCCCCCU